AUGUCAAACUCUUAUUAUCAACAACAAGAUGUUGUCUCACCUACUUCCACUGAGAGAUUACUGUUUGACUACUUACGACCCCACCUCGAGAGACAACAGCAGGAACAUGAGCAAGUACAGCAAGCAAGGGACGAGAUCUACAUAGCAAGUCAGUGCGAACUUUCAUUGUAUGAGAAACAGCAAAGCUUCUUUUCAAAGCCUGUCUUAAACGACACCUUUAUAAUAUCCGACGAAGACGAACAGCAGCAAUUCAGAAGAGCCAGCAUCACUCUUCAGCUCGCCAACUUUUCCGAUCUCCAGAUUGCAUUAAAAGACAUUGAAGACAUGGAGCCCUCAGCCAUAAGAACGAGAUCCAAUUAUACACAACAAAAGACGACCGAAGAAGAUUUGGUCAAUCUAUCAUCCACCACGGAAUUUUUCGUUCCGCCCUCUGUGCGCCUCAACGUUGAGAGUUCACAGAUACUAGACAUGCUCAUGGCCCGCGCUGUGGAGCACUGGUGCUGUAUUGGUUUCAAAGUAGCUCCCAUAAGCGUAGACCUUAUCAGGAAUUGGCGUAAAGCGCCCCAGCCAAUUGUGUAUUGUAUAGCCUCGAUUUGUCUAGUGACAUUUAUGGAUCAGCAGAUUAAAAGAAACAGCCUUUACUUUAAACAAGCAGCGAUGGUGUUCUAUGAGCAAGCAAGAAACAAGUUAGACGAUAUCCUGUUUGACGAUAUGCAGCCACUGAUCAUUCAGUCCUACUUUUGUCUUAGCUACACAUCCAACCUACUGCGGCUGUACGAGCAGCAGCGCACUUGGGGCGGCCUGGCAUCUAUUUCCUUGCAGCAUUUGGCAGAACAACAAGUAGUGAGAUCCGAGCCAGUGGAUAAUAUCACACUGGGAUGCUGGUUUCGAUGGUACUAUGUUGACGCUUGGAUGUGCCUCACGUUGAACAGAGAUUGCUUACUGCCAGACACCGUGCCUUGGGUGGAUCUGGGCCACAUUACCAAACUAUCGCUCGCCAAGCUCCAGCAAGAUCAGCACAAUCUGUACAGCUUUGCCUGCCUGACACACUACAUGCGGCGCUAUAUUCGAGCCUUGCAUUCAGGCAAAAUCUUUGUAAAUCAGCAGCAGAAAAUUCCCUCCAGUCAUUAUUACAGCAUCACCAAGGAGCUGACGAGUUGGUAUACUCAAUUGCCAAAAAAGAACCUUAUAGCCGAGAUACACUUGCAUCUAUGCUAUAACUCCAUGCGGCUUGUUGUUCUGUAUCAAUUCCUAAACCCACAACAAUCACCACCUCACGAUAUUUUAAUUGAUUGCCUCCAAACCAAUUUGGAGCUGCUGCAAACAUUGCGACAUCUCAAGACAAUGGGCUGCGAUCAGAGUACCUAUCACCACAUGUUUUUCGCCAUUCACAACACAGCGAAACGCAUCCUACAGUAUGACAAGGAGGAAUUUAAUGCACACGCGCAAGAACAGCUCAAAAUCAACCUCAUUAUGCUCAAAAGUACGCAGGCAUAUACACAUGAUGUGUUUAAAAUGAAGAUAUAUGCUCAGAAAAUACAGGAUCAGUUUACAAGGAUGAACAUUGCCAUCCCAGAGGUGGCCUGCUCUCUCUCUACUGCUUCUCAAUCCAGCGCAAGGACAGCGUUCAACCAAACACAUGGCAUUGACAUAUCCAAACCUGCCUUCAUGUUGCCGCAACAACCGCUGCAAAUAGUAUUCAAGAACGAACAGCAAAGACAAAUAUCAACCAAGAGGAAAAAGUCGCAAUAA